AUGGAAUCUAGAAUUUCAGAAAGCCAAUUUCUCAAAAGAAACACCAGCAAUAAUUUCAGCCAAGCAACCAACAGCACCAGUAGAGAAUAUGUCUUUGCUCCUGUUAUAAUUAGUUACCACGUCAAACUCCCUAUACUCAUUUUCAUGAUCUCGUUUGGAGUGUAUGGGAUGAUUGCAAACACCCUGAUCCUCUACUUCAAGCACAAGCAGCACAGAAGAAGACCCCACGCAAUACGAAGAGCAUUCAGUCGAUCCUUGUCAGAAUAUUUCAUCAAUAGUCUUGCCUUGUCAGAUUUGCUGUGCUCACUUAUCAGCCUUCCCUUGUAUUCAGCUGAAAUGUUCAUCGACUUUGUCAAAAGUGACUCAACUUGCAGAUUCAAUAGAUUUCUUAUAGGCUUUUUUCCUGUGGUAACGAUACUUAAUCUUUUAGUUAUUGGGAUAGAGAGAUAUUUAUGCAUUUUUCAUCCAUUCUUUAUCAUAAGUCGAAGGAAAGCUAAGAGAAUAGUUGUUGGAUCUUGGGCAUUAGGGGUUUUGAUAACUCUUAUCCCGCUUCCUGCCUUUAGGCUCGUGUACUUUGGAGACAUUGGAGAUCAUUCCUAUACUUUAAUUUGUAAAUACGAUAGCUCUUUGCCAUCAUAUCGAGCGUUGUUCGCUAGUUUUACUUUUAUCGUAUACAUCAUACCAAUUUUUAUAUUAACUAUCAUCCACAUUCGUAUAUUAAAGCGUCAACGAAACAGCAAACGCGUUGAUGCUUCUGAAAACACUCAGAGGGCUUUGUCUCGGCUAAAAGUUACAAGGAUGUUUGUAUCACUGUUUUUUCCUUUUAUCAUUCCUUACCUGGCCUUCGUCAUAUACACAUGUUUUAUGAUAGUUUCUAAAAGUAAUGUUUCAUUAACUAAUGACUACAUACUUCGUCAUAUCAGUGUUUUACAGAUUUAUGCUAAUGGUUCAAUAAGUGCAACCAUCUUGAUAUAUUAUGAAAAGUUAUACCUUGAUUUCUUGUCUUGUUUUCGUUCAARACCAMAAAGRAAUAUCCGGUGUAACRAAGCUGCWMAAAGAAAAGCACGAGUUAAUGGUGAAAAUAACAGAAGGAACAGGRKUUCCGCGGUUUAA